GAUCUCGUGCCGCCGCCGUCCAAUGGCAGAUUGGGCAGGGCGGGAGAGGCCCCUGCGGCGGAUUUCCUGCUGUUCCCCUGCUUCUCCCUCAGCCUGGAGCUCUCACGUUCCCCCGCCGUGUUCUGUCGGUAAUCAUAAGGUCGGGGCCGUGUCCGGAGAGCAGCGCCCGGUGUCACAGACGGAAUAGGCCGCGCUCAUAGCUCCCGCCCUCCUCCUCCUCUGUGCAGCAGCCGUAGCCCCCGCCCAGGUCUGCCCAGCCAGGAAAGAUGCCGGCGGUGUCAAAAGGGGAUGGGAUGCGGGGACUGGCCGUGUUCAUCUCGGACAUCAGGAACUGUAAGAGCAAAGAAGCAGAAAUUAAAAGAAUCAAUAAGGAGCUGGCCAAUAUCCGAUCAAAAUUUAAGGGAGACAAAGCUCUGGAUGGCUACAGUAAGAAGAAAUAUGUGUGUAAGCUGCUCUUCAUCUUCCUGCUCGGCCAUGACAUUGAUUUUGGGCACAUGGAAGCAGUCAACUUGUUAAGCUCCAAUAAAUACACAGAAAAGCAGAUAGGUUAUCUUUUUAUCUCCGUUCUGGUGAAUUCUAACAGUGAGCUUAUUCGACUUAUUAACAAUGCUAUCAAGAAUGACCUGGCCAGCCGGAACCCCACCUUCAUGUGCCUGGCGCUCCAUUGCAUCGCUAAUGUUGGCAGCAGGGAAAUGGCAGAAGCUUUUGCAUCAGAAAUUCCCAGAAUUCUCGUUGCGGGAGACACAAUGGACAGCGUGAAGCAGAGUGCUGCUCUGUGCCUGUUAAGACUAUACAAGACCUCACCUGACCUUGUGCCAAUGGGUGAAUGGACGUCACGGGUAGUUCAUCUCCUUAAUGAUCAGCAUAUGGGAGUGGUGACGGCAGCUGUAAGCCUUAUCACCUGCCUCUGCAGGAAGAAUCCUGAUGACUUCAAGACAUGCGUCUCUUUGGCCGUCUCUAGACUUAGUAGGAUUGUGUCUUCAGCCUCCACUGACCUGCAGGAUUACACCUAUUACUUUGUCCCAGCACCGUGGCUUUCUGUAAAGUUGCUGCGCCUUCUUCAGUGUUACCCUCCACCUGAGGACGCAGCUGUGAAAGGACGGCUUGUCGAAUGCCUGGAGACCAUCUUGAACAAAGCCCAGGAGCCCCCAAAGUCAAAGAAAGUUCAGCACUCGAAUGCGAAGAACGCGAUACUAUUUGAGGCUAUUAGCCUUAUUAUACAUUAUGACAGUGAACCCAACCUUUUAGUAAGAGCCUGCAACCAGCUGGGUCAGUUCUUACAACACAGAGAGACAAACCUACGUUAUUUAGCUUUAGAAAGCAUGUGUACGCUGGCCAGCUCUGAAUUCUCCCACGAAGCUGUAAAAACACACAUCGAAACAGUCAUUAAUGCCCUAAAGACAGAGAGAGAUGUCAGUGUCAGGCAGCGAGCUGCAGACCUACUAUAUGCAAUGUGUGACCGGACAAAUGCUAAGCAGAUUGUAUCCGAAAUGCUGAGCUAUUUGGAAACAGCAGACUAUUCAAUUCGAGAGGAAAUAGUGUUGAAAGUAGCCAUCCUAGCUGAGAAAUAUGCGGUGGAUUACAGCUGGUAUGUCGACACUAUUUUGAACCUGAUUCGUAUUGCUGGCGAUUAUGUCAGUGAAGAGGUUUGGUACCGUGUCAUUCAGAUUGUCAUAAACCGAGAUGAUGUCCAGGGCUAUGCUGCCAAAACUGUAUUUGAGGCUCUUCAGGCUCCUGCGUGUCAUGAGAACAUGGUUAAAGUCGGGGGUUAUAUCCUGGGAGAGUUCGGUAACCUUAUUGCUGGAGACCCUAGGUCAAGUCCUUUAGUUCAGUUCAACCUCCUGCACUCCAAAUUCCAUCUGUGCAGCGUAUCGACCCGAGCCCUCCUACUCUCCACCUACAUUAAGUUUAUCAACCUCUUCCCUGAAACCAAACCUACCAUCCAAGACGUGCUGCGCUCAGAUAGUCAGAUCAGAAAUGCAGAUGUGGAGCUCCAGCAGAGGGCAGUAGAGUACCUGAAGCUCAGCUCCAUCGCAAGCACGGAUGUCCUGGCCACAGUCCUGGAAGAGAUGCCACCUUUCCCUGAAAGGGAGUCCUCUAUCUUGGCCAAACUUAAGAAGAAGAAGGGUCCUGGAGCUGUCAGUGAAUUAGAAGAAGGGAAGAAGGAUCAGAACUCCGAAAUUAAUGGUGGAGUGGAAGCAACACCAAGCACUGCAUCUACUCCAUCACCAUCUGCUGAUCUCCUGAACUUGAGGAGUGUGCCCGUCACAGGAUCAGCAGCACCAGGUGCUGGGAACCUCCUGGUGGAUGUGUUUUCGGAUACACCAUCUGCCUCGGCCUCACUGGCUCCUGGUACUGAAGACAACUUCCUUAGCUCUGGCUCUGCUGCUUCCGAGGAUCCUGCUUUACCUAUCGCUGAGGCUGAUGAGCUCCUAAACAAAUUCGUGUGCAAGAAUAAUGGAGUUCUAUUUGAGAACCAACUUCUGCAGAUUGGAGUGAAGUCUGAGUUCCGCCAGAACCUGGGUCGUAUGUACCUGUUCUAUGGUAACAAAACCUCAGUGCAGUUCCAGAGUUUUACUCCCACUGUGACGUAUCCAGAGGACCUGCAGAAUCAGCUUAACAUACAGACCAAGCCAGUGGACCCCGUGGUGGAAGGAGGGGCACAGGUUCAGCAGGUGCUGAACAUCGAAUGUCUAACAGACUUUGAUGACGCGCCUCUUAUUAAUAUAAAGUUUAGGUAUGGAGGAACAUUACAGAAUAUCACAUUAAAGCUGCCGAUUACCAUCAACAAGUUCUUCCAAGCUACCGAGAUGCCGUCCCAGGACUUUUUCCAGCGCUGGAAACAGCUUAGCCUGCCCCAACAAGAAGCACAGAAGAUUUUUAAGGCUAACCAUCCCAUGGAUUCUGAAGUGACAAAAGCAAAGUUAUUGGGCUUCGGCAGUGCGCUGCUAGAGAAUGUGGAUCCUAAUCCUGACAACUAUGUGGGCGCUGGCAUCAUCCAGACAAAGUCUGUACAAGUUGGAUGUUUGCUGCGUUUAGAACCCAAUAUCCAAGCUCAGAUGUACCGACUUACGUUGCGAACCAGCAAAGAAAGUGUUUCCAAGCACCUAUGUGAGCUCUUAUCCAAGCAGUUUUAAGCCACCAAGAUUGUGAUUGCUAAAGACAGUAAAACUGGCAAACACUACAAAGGAGGGUUUUACCAUGCAUCAAGCAAACGCGUGUCUGUGUGCAUGUGGUGACAGAGGGGGCGCUACAGCCCUCUCUGCAGAUUUCUUUAUUUUGUGUGUAUGUGUGCGUGCGGUCCACGUCCAGUAAAGUCCACGAGACUUUAGAACUUGUAAAGAAAAAAAAAAAAAAGAAAAAAAAAAACAUGACAAAGACAAGGCUAACUAUUAAUAUUCUUGAUGUGUGGUUGUUCUACUAGAUUUUGUCGUUCUUGCUGUGACUAUAAAUUUACUAGACUGAAAGGGAUGCAUGAAGCCGAGGACCCCCCCACCCACCCUUCAGAAAUGCAGACAGAGGGUUACCUCUCUCCAUGCCGCCUCUGGCUGUACUGUGGAUAAGGGAUCAGACCUCUGCAUGCUGACCCGCAGGCAUAUCACUUGAUGGACACACAGACAACUAAAAUCCUGAAGGUUUUAGAGGCGGAGCCUAAAGCGCUAGUCAUUUGUAUUCUUACUUUCGUGUUCUCUUUCCCCCAUGGGCUCUCUUUUUAUAAGUCCUCCAUAGUGAGGUGCAUUUCUGCGCUUUGGUGUAGAACGAGUGACAGAAGGUAGGUGACCGGGGUUUCAUUGAGAUUUGCGUGACUGGCCUUCUAUAUUAUUCACAGCAUCCGGUAGAGCUGUGUUUUCCCAACCAGGGUGCCUCCAGCUGUUGCAAAACUACAACUCCCCGCAUGCCCGGACAGCCUUUGGCUGUCCGGGCAUGCUGGGAGUUGUAGUUUUGCAACAGCUGAAGGUUCACAAUUUGUAGACCACAGCACUAGGGACAGGCAGGGUGAUCAGGGGAGUUGUAUAACUCUGCAUCUAAUUAUUGCAUGCUGGGAGUUGUAGUUUUGCAAUAGCUGAAGGUUCACAGUUUGUAGACCACAGCACUAGGGACAGGCAGGGUGAUCAGGGGAGUUGUAUAACUCUGCAACUAAUUACAACUCCCAGCA